GUAGCAGCAGCAAAAGCAAAAGCUGGUCAAAGGUUAGGGUUGUUAUUUGACCACGGCCUAAACGUAUUGGCCAACAUUUGAUGUUGUAGAGGUCAGCAAGCGACAACAUGCCGUCGACGGUGCAGGCGGAAUCCACCAAUACGACAACCACCCGGAUGGUUCAUCCAUUGCUACAGCAAUUUCAACAAUUAUUCUUUGUGUCCAAGUUAGUUGGCAUCUUGCCGCAAGAUUUGGAAAAGUUUCGUUCAAAAAAUGUUCUCGAGAAAUCGCGUAAUGGUGCAUUCUAUAUGGUGUUUACACUGAUUAUCUAUAUAAUAUUAUAUAAUCUGUUGAUUUACUCAUUCGGUGAAGAGGAUCGUACAUUAAAGGCAUCGCAGAGCACUUUAACCUUUGUGAUUGGUUUAUUCCUGACCUAUAUUGGUCUCAUAAUGAUGGCCACGGAUCAGUUGACCGCUCUGCGUAAUCAAGGACAACUUGGUGAUCUCUAUGACCGUAUACUCGCCGUAGAUGAACGUCUCUUUAGAGAGCAAUGUGUGGUCGAUAAUAGUCAUAUAUCGGGCAGGAUUAAGAUAAUGCUUAUAAUGACCUUCUUCUUUGAGAUCUCAAUACUGAUAGCCACCUAUAUUAAGCUAGUGGAUUACACUCAAUGGAUGUCCGUGCUUUGGGUGGUAUCGGCAGUGCCCACUUUUAUUAAUACGCUAGAUAAAAUAUGGUUUGCCGUCUCGCUAUAUGCAUUAAAGGAACGUUUCGAGGCCAUCAAUACGACACUGGAGGAAUUGGUGGCAACGCAUGAGAAAUUCAAGGCAUGGCUAUCGGGCGGUGAUCCCUAUAUGGAUGAUAGUCAUAGUUUGGAUAGCUCACAGCCUCCGCCGCAAUAUGAUAGUAAUUUGGAGUAUCUAUACAAGGAACUUGGUGGCUUGGAUAUGGGUUCAUUGAAGGGUUCUGGCCGCAACAAAGUGGCUCCAGUUGCCCAUUCGAUGAACUCUUUUGGCGAAUCGGUGCAAACUGGCCAAAAGCCUCAAAUGAAUCCCAUGACCGUUAAUAUGGCCCAUGAGAGUGAGCUUAGCAAUGCCACCAAGGUGGAGGAGAAACUGAAUAAUCUAUGCCAAGUGCAUGAUGAGGUCUGUGAAAUUGGCAAGGCAAUGAAUGAGCUAUGGAGUUAUCCGAUUCUAUCUUUGAUGGCCUACGGUUUUCUCAUAUUUACGGCUCAAUUGUAUUUUCUGUAUUGUGCCACACAGGCUCAAUCGAUACCCUCACUAUUCCGUUCGGCCAAGAAUCCCAUUAUCACGGUGAUCGCAUUGAGCUAUACAUCCGGCAAGUGUAUCUAUCUCAUCUAUUUGAGUUGGAAAACGUCGCUGGCCUCAAAGCGUACGGGCAUAAGUCUGCACAAAUGCGGAGUUGUGGCCGAUGAUAAUCUUCUGUACGAGAUUGUCAAUCAUUUGUCAUUGAAAUUACUCAAUCACUCGGUGGAUUUCUCUGCCUGUGGUUUCUUCACUCUAGAUAUGGAGACGCUGUAUGGUGUUAGUGGUGGCAUCACCAGCUAUUUGAUCAUUUUGAUUCAAUUCAAUUUGGCUGCCCAACAGGCCAAAGAUGCCAUACAAACCUUUAAUUCGUUUAACGAUACAGCUGGACUUAUGGGAGCAGCUACCGAGAUGGGCAAUGAAAGUUCUACCACUACGAUCCUAUACGAUUUGAUGACGACCACCAUGAUGACUCCAAUUGAUUGAAAUGUUUUUAUUUUGACUUUCUUUUUUGUAAUUUUUUUGAAUGCACCUUCUGGCACCACACACAUUUCUCUCUUUGAAUAAAUUGUCAUUUCACAAU